CAUAAUGGCCAAGAAACUCGUCCAAUACUCAGUGGUGGAUGCAUUCACAGAUUCACCCUUCAAGGGCAACCCAGCUGCGGUUUGUUUGUUAGAUGAAGACCGGGACGAGGAUUGGUUACAAUCCGUAGCUCUCGAGUUCAACAUCUCUGAAACCUGUUACUUGACUCCCAUCACUCACUCCGAGUCCGACUCUCCUCCCAGGUUUCGACUCAGAUGGUUCACCCCUGUUGCUGAGUUCAAACUUUGUGGUCAUGCAACGUUAGCAGCUGCACACUCUCUCUUUUCGAGAGGCUUGGUGAAAUCUAACGCGAUUGAAUUUGAAACACUUUCUGGAAUUCUCACUGCCAAAAAGGUUCCGGAUUUGGAGGCAAACAGUGUCUCUAACGGUGAAGCACAAGAGUGCUAUUUUAUUGAACUGAAUUUUCCUACUGUUCCAACUACCGACUUCAACUCUGCUGAGGUUUCUUCAAUUUAUAAGGCCUUGAAUGUUUCUACAAUUAUUGAUAUGAAGAUAACUACCUCAGAGGACAUCUUUGUGGUACUUCCAUCAGCAAAAUCUGUUGUGGAAUUACAGCCACAGUUUUAUGACAUACAAAAGUGUCCUGGAAGAGGCAUAAUAGUUUCAGGGCAAGCGACAUCAGAAUCCGGAUUUGAUUUUUAUAGCAGAUUCUUCUGCCCAAAAUUUGGCGUCAAUGAGGAUCCUGUUUGUGGAAGUGCACAUUGUGCUUUGGCACCUUAUUGGAGUCGAAAGCUGGGGAAGAAUGACUUUGUGGCAUAUGCGGCAUCGUCUAGAAGUGGAGUCUUGAACAUACAUUUAGACGAGCAGAAUCAGAGAGUGCUGCUUCGAGGGAAAGCUGUGACUGUGAUGGAGGGCUCUCUGCUAGUUUAGAUUUGAAAAAACUUCUGUAAUGGCAUGUAUCAAAUUGAAUAAAUGAAAAACAUUUUUUUGGAAUAAUACUCUGGAGUUUCAAUUGAAGAGAUUGAAACUCCAUUUCAUCUUCUUUGAUACCUUGUGCAAGACAUAGUUUAUAUGAAUUUCACAUCAUUUGGCACCAUUCUCUAACUUUAAAUUUGCUGGUCAUCUGGUUGGUUUGUGAAAUUCUUCUCCUCGGUGGAAACUUAAGACUG